AUGGCCACCACAUCGCGGCGCCGUUCUUCGCAUGGCCUCACCUCUUCGGGCUCCUCCACUCAGCUUGCCCGCAAGGGCUCGUCCUCUCGGCUCGGUGGCGCGCGAGGCCGAUUCGAUCCGAGUCUCAUGAUGUCGUCCAACGCCGUCGGUGGCGACGCCAGCCGCGACAAGUCGCCUCACGCCGAUCCCAACGGCCCUCAUGACGCCGAGCACCACGACAAGGCCUCGCGACGCAACAAAUCUACCGACCGCCUGCAACGCUCUCGCGACAGCAGCACCCAUUUGAGCGGCAAGCGCUCCAAGUCCUUCACACACCUAGCCAUGACCGCGGACGAAUCAAAUAGGCGGCGCAAGUCGACCAAGGGCAAGGGAAAGAGCCAACGUCCCGAGGCUGCUGAGGACGGCUGGACCAGCGCUAGCGCAGACAACACCUCGAGCGAUCACAGCGCCCCGCUGUCUCCCUCCAGCAGUCCACCGGAUGAAGGCCUCGUGCUGGGCAUCAAGAAGCGCGUCCCUCCGCCGCUCAAACCUGCAGCCUCCACCACCACUCUGCCCGAGCCCAAGAAAGAGGCGUUCCUGCAAGCGCCUGACACGCCAAGAGCAAGUGCAAAGACGCUCGAACCCGAAGCCGAAAGCUCAGUCGACGUGAUCGACCGUCGCCACCUCGACUCUCCUAACGGCGGCAACGCGCCUGCUCUCGCGAGCUCGUCGGGACACAUCUCUUCUCCCGCAACGCUGAAUCGGGAGGACACGUCCAAGACGCUUGUCCAUCACUCCAGCCGUGAUGACAUGGCGAGCACGUCUUCUGCGUCGGCUCUGGAACGGGACCAAUCUGCGAUCGCGUCCGACACCUCUUCUGCGCCUGUCCGUGCACCCUCGCGCACCGACUCGGCGCUCACCAUCGAUACCGCCAGCCAUCCACGCCAUCAUCGCGUCUCUUCCAGCGUGUCGAGUCGCACGCUUCGCACGUCGCUGCCAGCGCCCGCAUCGCCGUCUUCGGUUCGAUCACGAUCCUCGGUGCUCUCGAGUCGAUUCCUCGUGUUUCCGCGCGAAGCGCAAGCUGCGGCUCCGCCCAUGCUCGACACACACAAUGCGCUCGCUGGAAGGCUAGGCGCGCGUCACGAGGAUCGCGGCGACCUGCUCUCGCCCAUGGCCGGUCCCAGCCGAUCAGGUCGCAGCGCGAGUGCCAUGACCUCGAGUACGAGCGCACCCGUCGCGCUCGACAAGCAGCAGCACGCCGCUGCGGAAACGCGCAAGGUCAGCCUCGGCCACAGCCCGCUUUCGGCACGAUCGCCUGGUGUCGUGGGCCCGCAGAUUGGUAGCAGCACGUUGGGUUUUAGCGCGCAGCAGCGAUCCACGAGGGACGACGUAGCUGAGCGUCGCAGGACCGCAAGCACCCAGAGCCUCACGGCCGCCGACGCCGCCAAGCUCGCCGCCAAGCUUCGACUCGCUCGCGACUCGAUGGACGACCAUGCGCUCGGCGCGGCAGGCUCGAGCCAGCGCGGCGUACAGGCGUACAAUCCGAGGCUGGAGAAGUACAAGAAGCCGGUGGUGUCGACGUUUGUCAAGGGCUCGGCGGACGAGACGCCGCAGGCGAUCGAGGUGCAGGCCCACUCGGUGUACUCGAAGCUGUUUGCGCAGGCGCACGACAGCCAGGAUGGCGAGGAGGCUGGACGACGCAUGAUCCGCUACGUCAUGGGCUACGGCAUCAGCGGUCCGCCAAUCGAGCAGAGCCGGCUGUCGGAUGCGCUGCUGGGGCCGAGCCUGGACAUGGCCGAGUUUGAGUCGAGCUGGGCGCCUGCGCUUGCCCAUGCUGCUGGGCUGGGUGGGGCGAUGCCAGGCUCGAUGCAGACCGAGUAUGGUCUUGUGGCGGCCGAGGCGCCUGCAGCGACGGGUGGGCCGAAUGCGACGCCGCUGCACCUGAUCCACGGACUGACGACGACGUCGCCGGAUCCUUUCCCGCUGGAUCCGACGGAUGUGCCUGCGCUGCAGGAGGAGGGCGACGUGUUCGAGGGCCAUGCCAUGUCGCAGCUGGCGCAGAAUCCGAUCCAGCUUGUGGAUCCGGGGCUGAUCCGGGCGAUUGCGAUCACGACGCAUGCGAUUGGUACGCACCGCUCGCACGUGGUCACGCGCCGCUAUGCGGACCCGAUGCGCGAAAGCCUGGAGCGGGUGGUGCGAUCUUCGGGACGGUAUGUGCCCACGGCGAAAAGCGCCGGUGCUGGCGGCCAUGGCGCGCCUGAUUCGCCGCAGAUCAGCUCGAGAUGGGGUCGCAAGACGGCGCCCAACAGCCCGAUGAGCUCGCGCGUCGAGGCGCGCGACUCUGCACAUCGACCGGGAUUCCAACGUCGCAACACGUCCGACAACCAACACGGCCAUGCACACAGCAGCGCAUCGACCAACCUGGCUGGCCAGCUGUACAAUCUGGUGGAUGCAGCCGAACAUCCCGUGCGCAGCCUCAAGCGCGUAUGGUCCGGCGGCGUAGCCAGAGGCGGUCUGGCCGCUCUCACGCGCACCGAGGAAGAAUCUUAG